AUGUCAAACGAAAAUUACAUUGAUGUUAAUUCAAAUAACGAAAAAAAUAUUUUAAUAUUUGGCAGAACAGGGAGUGGAAAGUCCACGUUAGGUAGCGUUCUCGUAAAUAAAAAUGGAGAAUUUAUGAUAGGUGAUAUUAAAUAUAUUGUAAUUGAUACGAUUGGUAUUGGAGAUACAAAAAAAAAUGAAAAGGAAGUGUUGUAUAAAUUAGGUGAAGCGGCUCAUAAAAUCCGUGAUGGUUUAAAUCAAUUAUUUUUUGUAUCAAGCGGUCGUUUUAAUGAAGAAGAAAUAUAUACUUAUAAUUUAUUGAAAGAUUUUAUUUUUGAUGAGGAUGUUGUAAAGCAUACUACUAUUGUUCGCACAAAGUUUGAAAAUUUUAACGAUAAGGAUGAGUGUUAUGAAGAUCAGGAAAGAAUGAUUAAAGAAAAUAUUCAACUUGAAAAUGUAAUUCGUUUUUGUAAUAAGGUUAUUCACGUUAAUAACCCUCAAAUGAAUAUAAAGGAUAAAGGACGCUUAGAUAUGUAUAAAAAAGAUAGUGAAGAUUCAAGAUCUAAGUUAUUGAUGCAUUUAGGUUCUUGCAAUAAUACAUUAUAUAAACCAAAAAAAUUGGAUAGUUUAAAUGCAAGAAUUGGUAACCGAGUUAUUGCAUGUCUUCCAGGCUUCGUCUUGGAUGUUCAUAUGAUUGAAGAAGCUAUUUCGCAAGUAUGUUGUAUUUUUUAUUGGGAUUUAUUUUUAGAUCUUAUUACUUAUAUAGUUCAUACAAGUUCGUCAUCAUCAGGUGAUGAGGAUAGAUUUAAAUGUACAGAAACUUUACUAAUAAAUACACAUUUUCAAAAAGAACAUGCGCUCAAGCAAUGUAAUCAACAUAUUAAUCAAUAG